AUGUCCCUCACUAGCGGUGCGACCUCUUCGAGCUCGCCUUGCGCGGCAUGUAAAUUUCUACGACGGAAGUGCACUGCCGAAUGCGUAUUCGCACCUUACUUUCCUGCGGAUCAGCCUUUGAAGUUUGCGAAUGUGCAUAGAAUUUUCGGGGCCAGCAAUGUCACCAAGAUAUUGCAGGACUUGCCAGAAUCGAGCCGAGCAGAUGCGGUGACCUCGUUGGCUUUCGAGGCCGAGGCGAGAAUGAAGGAUCCGGUUUACGGAUGCUCGGGCGCCAUCUCGUUGACGCAGAGAAGAAUCUUGGAGUUGCAAGGAGAAGUUCAGGAACUGCUGGACCAAGUUAACUAUUUGGAGGAUAAGAAGCGCAAGCGAUUGACUCAGGGGUCAAGUGGUACCCCCAAUCCCUCAACCGUCGUUAACGACGGUUGA